CACCUUUGUUAAUGGAUAGCAACAUGUCUUCCGGAACGAACAGUAGUUUUUCUCGCAUCCUAAGCAGGGAGCAAAAUGGAGUCAUUCAGCCGAUCCUUACAGAUCUUUAUCAAAUCACCAUGGCCUAUGCCUACUGGAAGAGCGGCAAGAAAAACGACAGGGCUGUCUUCGACUUAUACUUUCGUAAAAAUCCAUUUAAAGGAGAGUUCACAGUGUUUGCUGGACUUGAAGAGUGUAUAAAAUUUCUACAGAAGUUUUGUUUCACGGAAAGUGAUAUAAAAUACCUGAGGACAGUCCUACCCAGUAAUAUAGAGUCGGAGUUCUACGAUUAUCUACAGCAGAUAUCCACUAAGGACGUCCAAAUGUACGCCAUUGAUGAGGGGACUGUAGUCUUCCCUAAGGUGCCCCUCCUCACUGUAGAGGGGCCCCUCCCCAUCGUUCAGCUGAUGGAAACUCCUCUCCUGAACCUUGUCAACUAUGCCAGUUUGGUGGCCACCAAUGGCAUGCGUUUCCGUCUUGCAGCUGGUCCUAAGAAGAUCCUUCUGGAGUUUGGGUUGAGGAGAGCCCAGGGACCAGAUGGGGCACUCUCAGCUUCUCGAUACUGUUAUCUAGGAGGAUUUGAUGGCACAAGUAAUGUCCUAGCUGGGAAGCUGUAUGGAAUACCUGUACGUGGGACUCACGCCCAUGCAUUUGUUACAUCUUACACAGAUCUCCUGACCAUCGGUGAUGAGACUCUUAUGAUGAAGGGAACAGAGGAACCAGUCAAGUUUUUGCCGAUUUGUAAAAAGUGGCAAAAAAAACUUACAAGUAUUUUAGGUUUCCUUGACGACCAGGUGAGCGAUGGAGAGUUAGCUGCCUUUAUAUCAUAUGCCUCUGCCUUCCCUGAUGGCUUCCUCGCACUCAUAGACACCUACGACGUUAUCAAGUCUGGACUGCCAAACUUCUGUACUGUGGCCCUGGCACUACAUGAGCUGGGGUAUGAGCCGCGUGGUGUGAGACUGGACAGUGGAGAUCUCUCAUACCUGUCUAAAUUUGUCAGGUCUCGCUUCAAAAAGGUCGCCGACAGUUUGAAUCUACCCUGGUUUGGAAAGCUGACCAUCGUGGCUAGUAAUGACAUCAAUGAGGACACAAUACACUCUCUAAACCAACAGGGACACGAGAUUGACAGUUUUGGGAUAGGAACACACCUGGUCACAUGUCAGAAACAGCCAGCACUUGGUGGUGUCUAUAAGCUGGUUGAGGUGAACCAAAGGCCACGGAUCAAACUCAGUGAGGAUGUAGAGAAAGUCACCAUUCCUGGACGGAAAAUAGCCUAUCGGCUGUAUGGAGCUGACGGCAAUGCUCUCGUUGACCUGAUGUUACGACUAGACGAAGAUCCCCCUACUCUAAACACAAGGAUUCUCUGUCGUCACCCAUUCCAGGAGUCCAAACGAGCGUAUGUUUGUCCGGCCAAAAUGGAGCAACUUCAUAAACUUUAUUGGGACAAUGGCCAGAUGGUACGCUCACUCCCCACUCUGACAGAACUGCGAUCCAAAGCUAUGGAGUCCCUCAACAGCAUGAGACAAGACCACAAAAGGGCACUCAACCCAACACCAUAUAAGGUUUCAGUCAGUGCCAACUUGUACCAAUUUCUACAUGACUUGUGGCUGGAGAAUGCACCUAUAGGAGAAUUGGCUUAGCCGGACGUACUACAGGAUGAAAAACCCAACUAUUUUGACCCUACAGAAUUUAUCAAGUUGAAAUACAGUCAAACUUCUUUAUUUUGAAUUCGGAUAUCUCCAUGACCCUGCCUAACAUCAAUAGAUUUAGUUCCCACAGUAAAAAAUUCUAUAUAAAAUAUUCUCGGUUUCCACGAAUACUCAUGAUAUAUGAAAAUUUUUCAUUUCCCUACUGACUUUGAGAUCAUGAUUCAGCUGUAUUCAAUGUAAGCUGCAAGUGGGAUGAUCUGAAUUUUAAUGAUACCCUGCAACUUAUACGUAAAAUUUAAUAUGGACAAACACAGAAUGCACACAAUGUACAAUUAUACUAUAAGAGAAGUCAAAACAGGAUGUGACAAUUGUCUUACAGAUGUUUGAACUGUUUUCCAAGUUUUUAAUCUUAAUUAUCUGGUAAGUGGUACAUGUAAGCCAUCUAAGGUCAUUUUUCAUUUGGUCUGAUCAAUAUUCAUCAUAGAUAAUUAAUUUCUAGACCGAACAGAAAUUUUUGGGAUAUCAAUGUGUUAAAAGUGACAUCACCAAACAAAAGUGAAACUUUAACAACCGACUUGGAUAGCAAUGUGAUCGAAGUUUUUAUAUUUGAGGGUAUGACAAUAUUUUAGAAACUAAGAAAUAAUUAUUCCUUAGUGUUUUUCCUGCCAAUGUAACUGGGUGCACAAAACGACCCCAUUCCCAAUGCAUUUUAGCUUUACUUAUCCCCCUCCCCCACAUUGCAUUAUAAAAUACAAUUAUUAGAAGGAUCCAAUUUUUAAUCGUUAUUUAAAUUGAAAAAAAUUCCAAAUUAUGUCAUUUGGAUUUUUCUAAAAUACCCAGGAAAAACACAUAAAAAUACCCCAUUAAACUGAAUAUAUUUCAUUUGCAACGGAUGAUUGGAUGAUGACUUAUGCAAAUCUAGGAAUAUAUGACAAACUGGGUUAAGACAUAUUUUCUAUUCCAGUUUGGAAUGAUGCUGGUGUUUAAUCUUUCCAGCAGGAAGCUAAUUUAUGGAUGUGUUAGUGUCUUAUAUAUGUUGAUUGGUUAAAGCUUUGAGCAUUCCUAUGUUUAUUAUAGUUCAUGCAUAUUCAUGCUUUAAUUACAUUAAAUAGAUAUGUAUAGAUGUUUACAGGUGCUUGCAUCUGGUAAUUAAUAACAACCCUAGAGAUAAAAUCCAAGAUCCAUGAUGUAUAAGUAUAUACAUACUGUAGAUAAUUUGGGAUAUAAAUUACCAGACCUCAGUUUCAUCAAUAUUCCUUAACUUAAGAAACAUUCUUACCUUAAAAUUUCCCAUAAGAAAACAUUACAGGAAUUUAUGGAAAAUCCUGUAUUUACCAUUUCCCAUAAGAACAUUACAGAAUUUAAGGAAGGUUCCUUCAGAUUUUUUCCGUAAAUUCUGUAAUGCUUUCCUAUGGAAAAUUUUAAGUUAAGGAAUUUCCUACAUUGUUAAGGAAAAUUAAUUGGGGCCAGAUGCAAGUGCCUGUGCACUGACUGAUGAAUUAUGUUGUUUUUAAUUUUAAAUCAGAUGAUAGCAAAAAAGGAUGUAUCAUACUAUAAACUUGUGAUAUUCUGUAAAAAGUACCAGAAAAAAAAGUGUGGUAAAAAAAACCUAGUUUGUGCAGUUUACCUGGUAAAUGUGUGGAACAAACUGGUCCGGUGUCAGAAAAUAUUCCACCAAUUUUGUCAAAAAAAAACCACAAAAAAAAAAGAAUGAAAAUACUGCCUUGUUGCUGCCAUUAACUUUGUAUAAAGUCUCGUUUUAAAUUUCUAUUUUACAUGCAUAAAUUUGUAAAAAUAUAAAAUACUUGUGAAAUAUUGAAUUUUAUUCCAAAUACCUGUUUUGUAAUCAAUGAUAUUACUAUCAUAAGAGAGUUUUAGAUCUGCUUGAAUGUGACAUUUGUUUUAAGAUACAUAAUAAAAUUACAUUCUUGUAUUAAAAUCUUCACAAAAUCCAAACAAAAUAUAUCAAACAUUCCAGUUUUAAGAUUUAGUUGUUUUUUUAAUUCUAAAUUUAAAUAUUCUUAUUAUUCAUAAACAGAAGAUUUUUUUUAAAUUUAAAAUGACGCUUGUUCAUUAUCCAGAAAAAAAGGUGCCAUAUGCACUUGCGACAUAUAAAUUGAUACUUGUUUAUUAGUAUUAAUACAUGUUUUACAGCCAAACAUUCUUAUAUAUACUGGAACACAAGACUGCAUAGCAGUACUAAUUAUUUUUUAACACUUAAAAAAUGGUUGAAAACAGAUUAUAAUGUAGGAACCCAAUUUUUUUGUUCCUUAUAAUAUUUAUGCUGUAUUUAAUUAGAACAAAUAGCUGGCUAUGUUUUUUUACUUAAUGUGUGUGUUCAAAAUAAAAGUUUUAGUAAAUUUUUUAAGGAAUGAAAAUGUGUUGUGCAAUACUCACCAUUGAUCUUGGUUAACACUGCAUGGUGGCGUUAAAGGAGCUAGUGAUGAAAUUGGCACAUAUGAAAUUAAUUAACUGGAUUGAAUUUGACAUAAAGUUCAAUCUUACAGCUAAAAUUUAAACAUGACCUCUAUUGAUUCUUAUUCCAUAAAAAAUUACAUGCUAUAAUUACCGGGUACAUAUCUGGUGAAAUGUAAUAUUUGCAAAUUUAAGCAAUUGAAAAAGUAAUAUAAUUAAGAAAGCCAUGCAGUAUCACUUUAAAAUGUGCAUUUGAUAUUGAGAAUUGAAUUUCUUAAUGAAAAUUAUAGUUUUUUCUAGAAAGUAUCUACCUCGUGAUGGAAGUUAAGGUUUGUCAAACAGGGACCACCAGGAGAAAUAAUUCAUUCAAUUUGUAUUACGAUAAUAAGUCAAUUUCUGUGACACUGACCAGGCAUGUCAAUUGUGUAUUUUUGGAUUCUCCCUAAUUACCAUAAAGAUAUUUAACUGGAAUACCCUUAAGUUUGUCUGAAGGUGAAGUUCGUAUUUCAUAGAAAAGCAUUGAACAGCAGAACCUAAGAAAACUAAAAAAGUUUUUUUUUUGAACCCAAUACAAUCCUUUCCCAAAGAAUACAGAGGAAUCCGCUUAUUUGCAUUUCUUUUAUUUGCAUAACCAGGUUAUUUGCAUAAAGUUCUCAGGCCCCAAUUUUUCCUUCUUGGUCUUUGUAUUUUAACUCCAUGUAUUUACAUCAACUUUUUUUCUACUGAACUCUGCCCAUUUUUUUCAUAUAAAAAAUCUGCAAAAUACAACUCUAUAUUUUUUGCUACUGAAAAUAAAACAACAUUCAAUUUGAACCAGUCUCAUGAAUCUCUCCCAUGAGUAUGUUGUAUUCAUUUUCAGCAAAUUCCAAACACACGUUGUGUCACUAAAAAAUAAUCCAUGAGCGAGUUGUAAUAAAACCAAUAGUAACAUUUUGAGACCAAUACAUACGUUACUCUGAUCAAUGCUGGGUUCUGAUUCUGAUAAGACAAAGAUUCAGAGAAAUAAAUGCAUUGUUGUGAUUGAUGUAGGGCUCAAAAGAGACAUUAUUUAAAUUUCUGAGAUAAUUAAUGUUCAGGCAAAUACAGAGUUUUAAUUGAUGCAGAAUUCUGACGAGACAUGUGUGUAGCGUCGAACUACUCACUUCGGAUCUUAGCCCGAGGCUACGUGGUCAGCGGAUAACCGACCUAGCUAUCACGUCCCCGGAAAGAGAAAUUUUUUAUAGGAUAACAUUUAGACAAAUACAGUUUUUUGAUCAAUUAAGGUUUCUACUGGUAAUGUUUGAUACUGUGGAAUUCUGACAAGUCCAUAUUCAGAUUCAGUUCUAACUACGAUAACAUUUAGAUAAAUAUAGCAUUUUGAUCAAUGAAGGGUUCUACCAGUAAUGUUCCGUACAGUGACUUUCUGAUGUGAUAGUGUUCAAAUAAAGUUUUUACAAGACAACUUUAAGACAAAUAUAGAGUUUUGACCAAUUGAGGUUCUACCGUAAAUGUUCAGAUAAAGUUUUUACAAGACAACUUUAAGACAAAAAUAGAGUUUGGAUCAAUGAAGGUUCUACCAUAAAUGUUCAGAUAAAGAUUUUACAAGACAAUUUAAGACAAAUAUAGGGUUUUGAUCAAUAAAGGAUCUACCGUAAAUGUUCAGAUAAAGUUUUUACAAGACAACUUUAAGACAAAUAUAGAGUUUUGACCAAUGAAGGUUCUACUGUAAAUGUUCAGAUAAAGUUUUUACAAGACAACUUAUAAAAUAAAUAUAGAGUUUGGGUCAAUGAAGUGUUCUACCAUAAAUAUUCGAUACAGUGGAAUUUUGUCAGGACAUUUUUCAGACCUAGUUUUGACAAGACAAUGUUUAGAUAAAUGUAGCGGUUUGGUCAAUGCAGGAUUCCAACAAGACAGAUUCCAGACAAAUACAAUGUCAUGAAACAAAACAAAAUCCAGGCAAAUAGUGAUUAAAUUGGUGCAGCUUACAGACGAGAGACCACUCCGACGAAUACUGUAACAGUGUUCUGAUUGUAGGAUUAAAUUGGGAGACGGCUUGAUUAUUAGUAAUGUUGCACAAACACUGUACUGCUAGUAAUUCAUAUCCAUCAAAGCUAAAUUACAUCUGUACAGUUGUGCUGAUUAGAAGGUAGAACCUUGUGAAUCAGUAAACAAGAGGCCAAAUGGGCCUGUAUUUCUCACCUAAUUAAUGCAACUUUAAAUUGAAUUGAAUUUUGUGGAUGCUAAGCUGAUUAUGAUUUUAUUUAAAUAUAUACCGGUAUAAGAAGAGUAUUCAAUGUAAGCAAAGUUUGUAGCCCUACAUCUGGGCCGAAUAUCAUUUGCCUAGCUUGCUUCCUUAUUCUGAAAGAAAUAUCAAACACAGUUGAUUCCCGUGACCUUUUAAAAUUGGUAAAGGUCAGUCAUUUGAACAAACUUUUUAUAGCCCAUAAUCCCAGCAUACAUCUGGCCCAAUAUGAGAAGUUAUUUAAAGAUUUUAACAUGUUUGACCCCUGUGACUUUGAAAAUAGGUUAAGAUCAGUCAUUAUUAACAGACUAAUGAUACCCUAGCUUCUCAAUAUGCUACUGGAUCGAGGGUCGCUUGGUUUUUGAGCAGUUUAAACACUAAAGUUGACAGAUGGACGAUGGAUGCCAAACCAUCACCUAAUGAGCUCACUUAGUGAGCUGACUAUGGUUACGUUCAGAUUUUGUUUUUUCUUCACUUUUAGGUCAUAGUAAAUAUUUAGUUUUGACAUAUUUGUGAAUGAGCAAGGUUGUUUAUUGUUGAGUUCGUGAGACAAGAUUGGCAAUACACAUAUUACAUUGUAAUAUAAAUUAUGUCAUCAGGGUAAAAUUAUCAUUCUUCUUGGAUAUUGUACUAGAGUUAACUCUCUUAUAAGGAACUCUUUUGUAACCCAAGUUCUAAAGACCAGGUUGUUUUAAAUUUUCAAUCCUUACCAAUUGACUAUUCCUACCUUAUUUGCUCUGUUGAAUUAAGUAAUGACCUUGUGAUUUUAUAUUACUUCCUUGCAAGCCUUGACUAAAACUUUCAAAUUCUUUAUUAGUAUCAAUCAGAAUUUAAUUAUGCCUGAUAUUGAUAUCGCAUUUCAAAAAUUGACAAACUGUCAAUAUAGAUUACAGGUUUUUGCAGAUGUGCAACUCUUUUUGGAAAGGAGUUACAUUUCAGAGAAACAUGACAUAUACCCUUAAGUUCCCUAAAAAUUAUUUCUUGCAAUACCUGUUUUUUGAUGACUGCAAAUAUUGCAUAAAUAUUGUGUAAUAGCUAUUUUUUUCUAAUUGUUCAGGAAAACAAUGUAUAAUGACAGCCCUAUAUUGUGGGGUACCCCAUUGUCUAGAGUGUUUAUUGUUGUACCAAUCUAUUGUUACUGUUUGACACUGAAAACUGCUGAAAGUGCAAUACCUUGUGCUUAAUUUAAUUAUCACGAUAUAGAAUACAUGUGUAUUGAGUGACUUGUUGUGAUACGUGUACUAGAUGUCAUUUCUCUAGACGAGAUUGUUUUAUGUUCUGGUAAAUUUUGUUUAUAAUGAAUUUCAUGGUAACAGUCUAGAGGAACUGGUUUGCUCUAUCUAAAUUUUAUGAUAUAAGAUAGAAAAAAAAGAAUGUUGAUUAAGCCAAAAUUGGAGAAUUUAUUAUAACUAACUUAAAAAUAAAAUGCUUGUGAUCAACCAUUUUUUCACUGGCUUAAUCAGAGAAGUCUAGUGGUCAGGCGUUCAUUUGUUUACCUAGAACCAAUAAUCUAAAAUCUCUAUUAGAACAGAUCCAUAAAAAAAAAAUCAAUAUUUCAGACAAAAGAAAAGUGUACAUUUAGGUACAAAAAAAGUUUCUUUUAAAAUAAAAAAAAAAAAAAAUAGAAUUCAGAUUUUCUUAAUAUUUUAGCAAAAAUAUGUAUUGUUGUGAAAAGUUCUUCAAAUUAGCUGACUUGAAUUCUUCAUCAUUUCAGUCGACAGUGAAUGAAUUCACCAUUGAAUGCCAUUAUGUAGUAGUAAUCCUCGUUACCAUCUUACUGUUAUAGUGAGUCUUAAAUAGUCAACUGAUCUCAUAAAAUACACAUUACAUAUUAUGUAUUGACACCAACAUUUACAGGGCUGUACCUUAUAACCAAAGAAAUCCCUGAAUUAGAUCACAGACUUAUUCCUUGAGUAAGUGUAAUGUCGGAGAUAUAUAGACAGAAAUCUCCCACAGAAUAUCAAUGUAGAUGUAGUAUGUUACUGUAAGCUUGUUUGUUAGAGCAUCAUUCUGGCGUCUCGUUCCUGGUCCGAUCUGUUGUAAUUUUAACCCUUCCAAGUUUUAUAUUGACCACAUAAAAUUGUAACUGUUUAGAAAAAGGUUUUUAUUUUGGAGAGAAGACUAGCUGGUCCAUGUUUGUUGAUUGUGAUCCAAAUUUUUUGGCAUAUUGGAGCCGAGUGCUAAAACAAACCAAUUUAUCAAAAUUAUUUAAAAAAAAAAAAAAUUGCCUUGAAAAAGAAAAAAGGGCCCUGGGUAUAUAUAUUAACAGCAAACCUGGACAGGUUCGUUGAUUAAUGACCAGACAACAUUCUGCUCGUGUUACUGGUUGGUUUGACCCUUUGUGAUCCCAUAGCUAUAUUACACCAAUAGGAUUUGACCUAUUGGAAUGUCUUGUGUUCUAUAUAUAGACUUCUUGGUGUUGUUAUGAAUAGACAGGUAAGUCUUUGUGAUAUUAUUUUUCUAAAGUUUAAGAAAUCUUUAUUGCAAAAUAAAGCAUUAUAUAUCUAGUAUAUAA